ACAUAUUAUGAACAUGGUAGUUAUUAUUUCAAAAAGCAAUAUUUUUAUUAUAUGUAUUUGUUUGCAUUUUAAGAUUGUGUGCAUAUUACACGAAUAAAAAUGAUGUAAAUCUCUUUCUAAAAAGACAGCAGCAUUACAGUAUUAUGAAAUAAUGCUUAACAUGCAUAAAUGUUUUGACCUACUUUAAUUGCUGACACAAUAAAACAACGCAUCAUUAAUAAAACCAGCAGUCACUUGCUAACUUCCAUUGGAGUUUUUGCAGAAAAUUCAUUUAACUUGGUCAUUAAAAAAAUGUAUUUCAUAUAUUUAUUAUCAAUCCUUUGCUUCUCAUCUGUAUUUGCAAAUGAAAUUAAACUAAAAGCUUUAAACAGUACUCUUGAUGUUACAACAACUGAAUCUCCAAUUGGUUGUAUUUGUGGAAUCUUUUUGAAUGGACAAUUUAAAAAGAGCAGUAAAGAAUCACCAGCAGGAAACCCUGUUCUUAUUCAUGAUCAAUGUGGAACAUUUUCAUGUACUCCAAAUGGAAAAAGGCUUUGCAUAAAUAAAUGUUUGGACACUAUUCUCAAGUAUCUUCCAAACAGUUCUACAAUAAUAUGUGGUUCACUAGAACGUGACUGCUAUAAAGAAAGAGCUUACCUAUUUAUUAAGAACUGUAAAAGUAAGUGGAUUAAUACAAAUCUGUCAGCUGGAAGGGAAUACUGUUGCAAGAAUGGAGCACCGUACAAAUGCCCGAUGUAUUAAAACAAUUGUGACCUAUUUUUUGUAAUGUUUUUUAUUUUUUAUAAAUUGAUCAAUUCAAUAUUAUUUUUAUUUAAUAAACGUACUCUUGCUUC